GAGAUCAAAAGAAAUAUUUCUAACAAUAAUGGUCAAAAACGAGUAUAAAAAUAAUUUUAUUCGUAACAUUUAAAUAAUUUAUCGAGCAGUAACAACCACGAUUAAAUGUAUUUGAAGUUUCAUCUAAAUUGACCUGUUCAAAUUAAUCGGCCGAAUCGACAGUUGUUCUUUUAACAUGACGUUAGUUGUCAUGUUUUGAUGUACUGUUUUUCGGUUUGUGAUGCUAUAUUUUUCUUAAUUUUUACUUUUAAAAGAAAACAGUCAUCUCAAUUAAUGCCAACGGUUUUUGUGGUGUAUUAUGUAGCAAAAUAAGGAUGAAAGUUUAAUAAUGCAGGAAAGCCUGUGUCUGCAGUGUAAAAAAGUGUCCGCAGGACCGACAAACAGAUUAGUUCAGGACUCCUGCGGACACAAGAAAUGCCGGGUUUGCUUGCUUGAAGACGAGGAAAAAUGUAGGCAGUGUGAAGCGGCCAGUACUGACACCAACGGUGAGGUAUCCGUUAGAGAAAAUAAGAAUGAGAACGGUGAUGCAGAAAUAAAAGAAUUUGUAAUAAACAAUCACACUGCUGUUAUAAAGCUCAAUGGAAAUGUUUCCAAUAUUUCCAAAGUAUCGAAUAAGGAAGAAAAAGUAAAUAAAGAAGAAUCUGUAGCCCCGGCUCAAGAAAAAAGUAGUGUUGAACCCAGUUCAACUAAUGAACAAAAUACUAUAAUUGAGAAGAAAAAGACUCAAGCUCGAGCUAAGAAAGGGGGUAAAGAAAAGAGAGCUUAUAACACCAUUGAUAUUCCCAAACAUAUUACCAUUACAUCUGAUCCCUUGUCUUAUAAUUGUGGUAUUUGCAAGAAGAGUUUUGUUACUAAGGCCCACGUUAAGUAUCAUAUGUACUGCGCUAGUGCAAUUAAACCGUACAAAUGCGAGGUAUGUCAAAAGGAGUUUAUCCUGAGGGCUCAAUUGGACGUCCACUCCUACAAACAUAAAAAUGUGAAGCUACACACCUGUACCGUUUGCCAGAAAUCAUUUGCUGACCGUAGUAAACUGUCCCGACAUGCUGCGCUACACUCGAACGUCAAGUCGCACAUUUGCUCCGAUUGCGGUAACGCCUACCGCAGCAAGGAGUCCCUACGUCUACAUUCCAUUAUCCACAAGGGAGAGAAGCCGUAUGCAUGCAAAUUAUGCCCUUCCAGAUUCAAUAACGUCUCUAAUUUGAAUAAGCAUGUUGUCUCGCAUUCAAAAGAGAAAGCCCAUAUGUGCGACCAGUGCGGCCGGAGAUUUAAGCUAAAAUGGGCGUUGUCGGUACAUCGCAAGUCACAUCUCCGCAUUAGACCCUUCGAGUGCAGCAUCUGCCUCAAGACUUUCGUCAACAAAAAGGAGCUUCAGCGGCACGGCCUAAUUCACGCCGAUACGAAGGGCUACACUUGCAGCAUCUGCAACAUGAGCCUGCGCCGCAAAGACAACCUGAACCGGCACAUGAAGAACACCCAUCCAGGUAAGAAGGGCGAGGUUAUAAAGAAUGUCGUAAAACCACCCGAUUUGCCACCUAAAAAACCUGUCGAUAAUCCAAAUGCCAUAAAUGUCAUUACUGCUUCACCAGCAUUUACUAAAAGUAAAGCUGAAGCAGUGCCCCCUGUUAAAUCUGAUUCCAGGACCGGAACCGUUAUCAACGGACCCAUCAAGCUUGCGUUUAAGACGCCGGCUUUUAAGAGCAACUACAAUAUUAACAGAGAUUUCAACUAUGUACCACCUCCUCAAAUCCAGAAGGCCUAUGACAUGGCCGAAUCCGUAGACAUCUGCCAGAAGAUCCUGUCACCGCACGCCACCGCUCUGCCCCGAACCAUCAUCCACAAGGCCGCCACCUCCGAGGAGAUCUUCCAAAAGAUUCUGUCGCCCUACCCUGCUCCCCCGAUACACUACGAGACGUCGUUCCAGAACAGGAAGCACGCCUUGAUCAAAAAUAUUAAAUUUAAGGUGCCAAUUCAGUAUACGAACCACUUCAAGGAGGAGGGGACACAGAAGAGGGCGGCUACCCCCUCGGAGGCCGUCGGCGACGGGAUCGUGCAGGAUUCCAGCAAUAACAACACUUACGCGGAGCUUAAACCGGUGGCGAUGACGAGUGUUAUAGUUAACACCAACGCGAGUCAGCCUAGUAGUAUGCAUUGGAGGAGGAGAACCUCGCAAAAUCUUAAUUUGAAGAAUUAAAGACUGUGUCUCAAAGACUGGUUAUCUUGCUUUUAUUUUUGUUAUUUUUUAAAGUAUUUAGAGUAAGGUUCGUUAAUAAACGUGUUAUUUAUGUC